AAGUGACCGAGCAAAGGUGGCAAAGCAGCUUGGCGAGAGGUGCUUGUGGCUGUUUGACCCCUCAGCGGACAAACCAAGGAGUGAUGUCAACAAUUCUGAAGCUACGUUGACAUCACAGCAGCAUUAUCAGGAGGCUCCACAGAAGCAGCGCAUGAUACACCGCCUUCUUGACGACCUGAUUCAUCCCCAGAUCGUCGAGUCGUCCUGUAAUGGCCAGCCAUGCGCCCCCUCCCUUCCCCUCUCUCACCGGCGCCCAGCCGCCAGAGCUGCCGCCCAUCCAGGUGCCCCUGCCGCCUCACAUCCGCCCCGCUGCCGGCCCGCCACAGGUCGCCCAGACGAUGCUCGUCGAGUACCAGAUGCGCAGGCCUCAGCUGACGCCUGGGGAGUUCGCCAACGAGAAGGGCAUCCCUGUGGAGCUGAUGGUCGAGUGGCUGCGCGCGGCGGGGAUCCAGUUGUUUCUGCCGGUGGAGAAGCGGCUGCAAUUGAUUGAGGAGUUUCGAAGCAGGGCGCCUCUGUCGCAGAGUGUGUUCUGUGCGGAGAAGGGCCUGGACGAGGUGUUCUUUGCGUCGUGGGUUGAGGAUUUCAGCAAGGCGGGAGCCGUGCAGGGCGGCCCUGAGUGGAUGCGGACGCUGCAGCAGGUGGUGGCCUUGGAUCAGGCGGGGCUUGAUGGCUUCCCCCAUCCCCACGCUCACCAUCACCACCCUCACCACCCUCACCCUGCCGCCUAUCAUGACAUGCCGCCGUUCGGCUAUCCCCCGCCCCCACCACUCCCCCCGCCGCAGUCGCAGCAUCAUCCCGCAACGAUGCAUCCGGGGAUGGGCAUGGGCGCCAUGGUGAGAGUGAGGUACCCCAUGCAGCCGCCGCCAAGGGCAUACGCAGGGCCACACGCACCCCAGGUGAAGGACCAAAUGGACAGAGGGGGGUGUCAUCGAUCGCAGCAGCAUACAUCAUGUGCUUACCCAUGUGUCCACAGGCCCCCGAUUUCGGCCCUUCAUAUGGCUACGAGCCUUACCCAUCCCCUUACCCCCUUCGCCCGCCCCACCCAGCGGCGGCCAUCCCGCCGUUCCCACCGAUGAGGGUGCGGCUGCCUCAGGCGGCUCCCCGACCGAUGCCGCCCGACGGCGCUAGCGCCGCUGCUGAUGCUGGUGAAGAUGUGACGGACCGUUAUGACAUUAUCUGGGGCGAUCUCCGUGUGGAGGGGUGCGAGGGGUUGGAGUUUGCUGUGAUGGCCGGGGAGGGGGCGCAGCUGCUGUUGGAGGCCACUAAGGGUGUGAGGACAGGUGAGAGAGUGAUUAAGCGGAAAGGAACGCACGAACACCGAGCUAGAACGAACCCUGGAGCUCUCUUUCCCUGUCUGUCUGUCUGUCUGUCUCUCCAUCUGUCUGUCAGAUCUGCCUCUGUUGCAAGAGUAUGCCCAGAAGCUCCUCUCCGCCCGGCACGACGAGAUCCACAGUGACAGGCCAUCCAUCCCCCCCAUCGCACAAGCCCACCCGUUUCCCGCUCCCUCACCAGUUACAACCGAGACCAGCGUCGAACUUGACACGAGCAGCGGCGUCAACAGGGAGCUUCCGGGGGGCCUGGAGUUCACCGUCACUGUGCGCGUGGUCAAGCGGGGCGAGGGGGAGGGGGCUGGGGCUUCGGCUGUGGAGCGGUUUCCCUUUCUGGUUGGGAGCGAGAGGGGCGUGUGCAUCGCCUGGAAGGCGGCCAAGGACUUCGCCCAACGGUGUCGAAUGGCCGCGACGGGUGCAUCCUUCCCCCUCACCUCUCCCUUUAUGAACCCGCCAUGGUCGGCCAGCCACAACCCGGGCGUCACUGUGGAGGAGCUCAUCACCGCCGGGCUGGGCGAGAGGGGCAUCGCAUACGCCGUGACGGACGAGGCCGUCACUGCCACGCUGCCCGGCGCGAGCCGGGAGGGCAACACCCAUCAGUUUGUAUGGCGUCGGCACCACCAGCGCUUCGAAGUCAAGGGCGGCGCAUCUUCCCUCUCUCUCCGCCCCUAUUUCCUCUCAGAGCCCUGCAUCACAGCAUGCCUCGACCAAGCCAUCAGAUUCACUCAGCGGAAACGGGUUAGACCCCCGGACCAUCCGGCAUGGCCUCCUACACUCCCUCCCGCACUGAGUGAUGACCAUGGAGGUCGUCUCGCGAAGAAACAGAGGCAGAUGGCGCCGCAGGGCGGGCUGGUGUUCCUGCGCUCCGGGCGGGAGCUGCCGCCUGGGCCGGGUGCGCUGCUGACCGACACGGAGAGCAAGGGGGCGCUGGUGUGUCUGCUGAGCAAGCUGAGGCGGUUCGUGAGGCAGCAUGUGCACCCAGAGAAAGAGGGUGGGGCGGAUGUGGCUGCGGACAUACCCCAUGUGCUGGCGGCGGCUGAGUGUGCGAGGGAAGAGGAGAUCAUGGCUGUGGCGUUGCCGCCGGUGGAGCAGCAGGUGCGGGGGCUGCGGGGGUUCAAGCUCAACUUCGACGCAUUUUUGCUCAAGGGCGCCGUCACGCUUGAGGAGUGCCUCACCAUGCUGCAGGCAUUCUUCUGCGGUGAGUGCGUGAGUGAGAGAGCAGACACACCAUCCAGUGCAAUCCACACACGUCCGUAUGUCUCACGAAUCAGGUGACCGUGCUCUCUGGUGGCCCAACAGCGGCCAGGCGCCCAUUGCCAAGACCCAUCGCCGGUCUAGGAAGACCCUCACCGCCGAGCAGAUCGACGAGGACCUGCAGCAGUGGAUUGCCUUCAUCGGCACACGGCAGCCGCUCACCGUACAGCAGUGGGAGGCCUUUCGGGCCACUGUCAUGGAGGAGGCCGGCCAGAGGGCCGCGGCGGAUGCACAGGCCUUCUUCGCUGGUGGGCGGUGGGAUGAGCCUGCACGCGUAUUGGUGGCCAUGCCAUGUGUGAGAAGGCGUUGCGUGUGUUGGCUGUACAGGGGUGUCUGAGGGGCAGUUCGGCUCACCCGAGGACCUCAACGAUGCGGCCCACACCCUGCUCUACGAGAAGGUCCGAUCGCAUCCCACGUUCCGCCUCUUCCAGACCCGGGAGUUCACCCCCAAAGUGACCGACCCAUGCGUCAUCGACCUCUCUGCUGACCCCCUCCCCACCCACCCCCCGCCACCCGGUCCACAGGACCUCUCAAGAUGGAUGGAGCAGUCAUUCUGGGCCGUCCUCCCUGAUGCCGCCCUUGAUGCUGCAGCAGGUGAUGACGAGCAGGCAGCGGCUCCCGCGCGAAGCAAGCCGUCGGCGAAGGGGCAACGACGGGCCGAUGUGACCCACCGCUUGAUGGAGGGCAUGGGAUUGGACGGCGGUGACGGUGCUGGUGACGGUGGCAGCAGCGGCGUUGUGGCUGCGGACUGUGUGCGUGUGGAGUGGCAGAGCGACGCCAAGGCGUUCCGCCUCAGCAUGGGUGAGACAGGCACCAGCCGGACGUUUCCAGCCGCAAACGAGACUGAUGCCGCCGUGACGGCCGCCUUCUCCGGGGCCAUGCAGCACAUCGAGGACACCCGCAAAAAGGACACCAGCACCAGCGUCACACAUGCCCCCCUCCCGCCCUCCCUCCCCACGCCCCAAGACCCAGACCGAGAGGCGAAUGCGCUCCUGGCCGAGCUCGCGAGAACCGACCCAAAUCACAGCAUCACGUGGACGGGCAAUGGGUUCCGUCUGGUGCUCGAUUGCAAGUCCGCGAAGGAGACGGCUGGCGGCAUCAGAGGGAGCGUGGAGAGGGAGUUCCCCUAUCUGGGAGCGGGGCGUGCGGGGAUAAUGGCUGCGCUGGAGCAGGCCAAGCACUAUAGGGAGGAGGAGAUGGUGUCCAUGGAGGAGAAGCAGCUCGCCAUUAAGGACCAGGGCAAGGGCAGCAGCAGCCGCGAUGGCACACAGGUGAGGAGGAAGAGGGCCAAACGCACCGCACCCACUGCACAAGCAGCCAGGGGAUGGGCGUCCAUGUGACUUCUCUCGGCUGCAUCGGGUCGGGUGAUUCUUGCAGGGUGGUGCUGGUGCUGGUGGUGGCGGUGAUGGUGCUCGCGUGUACCGCAUUCCGCUCCGCUGGUGUCCCCACUCAAGAGCCUACUACACGUUCUACGACUACGUCCGUGGCAGGUAUGCACAAGCCGACAGACAGACAGAUGGAAUCAGUGGCGCAAAUACGGCUGUGUGUGGCGCUGUGUGUGUGCAGGGGUCGGCAGUUCCCUCUUUUGUUUCGCGUGGAGGGCCCCUGUGGUGCUGGUGCGGUUAAGAUCGCCUUGCGCGCCGCUGUGACGUAUCUGACUCAGCAAAAGAGGUCGAAGAAGGAGAACGACGUCAAAUACGCCCCGGUCAAGAACCCCCAACACAGAAGGCAGGAACGUAAGCGCGCCGUGCCCACCCGUGCCUGAUAAGCUGCUCUCACACAAGCCCUGUCUGCCGUAUUUCGCUCAGAUGUGCUUCCUCUUUUCCUGGCCGACGGCCAGAAGGCUGCUCUGUGUGAUGCCCCACCGCCCAAGAAGGACUGGCGGGCGGUGUUGGCGGCAAAGAUGGCCGCUGCCGCGAUCGCUGGCGACACGGACGCUGCUGCUGCUGCUGGAGGUGGCGGGAGUGACGAUCCGAAGGACGCAGGUGCGGGUGUGAAGAGGAUGGGUGGCUGGGAAGAGGCGGUUGAGAGAGAAAGGCGAUGAUUUGUCGCGUCAUGGAUGUCCGUGUGGAUAAAUUGUGUGCGUGGUGCACCGGCUUGAGCCAUUGAUAUGGAUGGUUGGACGGAUGUAUAGUUAGUGGAUGGAGCUGGCUUGCAUGCAGCGGGGUUUGAGUAUGAGCAUGAGUGGUGGAGUCGCUGUCCACGACUGCGGACACAGUGGCUCGCCCACGACUGCCCACACCUGAAGCCCGGUGCGCGGAUGCCGUUGCUUUCACAUGUUCUGUCGGCUCAAUAUCUGUUGC